GCAUGAUGCUGAUGGGUACUGAGAUGGUGGGAAACUGAUAAUAAGGAUUUGGAUAUUUACUGAUGGUUAUUAACUGAACCCAGCACUCAGCUUAGAAGACAAGUCUCCUUUGAUAGUAAAAUUGGCAGAGUCCUCACGGCUGUCAAGAAGGGAAUAAAACGAAAAGCCCAACAACAUGCCUAUGUGACCAAAUGUGAAAUCUGCCUGGGUGUGUGUGUGUGGUUGUGUUGCUACAAGAAUCCAUGAAUAUACUGAAGAACACAGGACGCUUGGGAUUCAUGCAGCAACAGAACCACUUUCCUCUUCCAUUAUCAGCUCAUAUUUGCAGAAUGAGCCUCAGUGACCUUCUCUACCCAAGCAAUCCACAAAGACGCCAGGAUGUGAUUGCCCUGCACCAGGAACUGCUUGACUGCAUGCAGCUGAAUUUUAAGGCUACCGAUGAACUAAUUGGAGCACUGAAUGAACAUCUGGGAGCCAAGAUUCCGCACGUUAAAAUGAAAGAGGGCGGCACCAUCAAAGAGAACUGUGACAUCAUCAUCCGAGCCAUGACUGAUAUUCAGCAAGAGGUAUGGAAGUUUGAUAAAGAAAUAAAGGAAAAGCUAGAGCCAUUAGUGUACCGUAAGCUUUAUGAUAUCAAAGAGCCUGAGUUGGAAAAAAUUGCAAUAGCUCACAGGAUCGUAUCUGUUAUACUUGGAGAGGCUACUGCAUCUGCAGGUAUAGUAGCUGUAAAAUUGGUGUGUUCGAAUAUUGUAACUGUUACUGUUAACAAACUAAUUGCUCUACUUGCACAGAUUGGGUUAUCUGUUCUAGGAGGCAUUGCCAUUAGUGCUCUGGGGCUGGGUAUCGACAUAAUUCUUCAUGCUAUAUUGGGAGCAGUGGAAAGAGAUCACCUUGUAGCAUGCAUUGAGAGCUAUGAGCAGCAUCUGGCAGAGUUUAAGGAAGCCUCACAGAUUUAUCAUUGUGCCAUUACAGAAGUAAGUUCAAUGGUGAAAGACAAAGCUAAAUUAGGAAUAUCCGGGGAUGUUCCUACACACUGGUGAUUACACGAAACGUAUACUAAUAUGACUGACAAGAACUUUCCCUUUUAAUACGGCUUGUUCGUUUUUGCAAUAAGCAACAUAGAAAUAUAGAGUUUGGUGGUGAAUAACCUGUUAAAGACAAAAGACCCUUGCAGAUAAGCAGUAACCGAAAGGUGUAAGUUUCUGCAGGUAUGUGACAUGAGCAAAUGCUCUAACAGCACAAACUUUACCAUAUUUACUCAGAAGUUAAGUCCCGUUGAACUCCCUGGGGAUUCCUUCUGGAUAAGUGGGGUUGGGAUUGUAGCCUUUGAUUGCAAUCCUAAUGUCUCCUCCCUUUCAGUGGGGAUUUGUAGAAAAAACAUAUACAAAUCCACUGUACAACAACUGCAUACUAGAAAUCAAGAUGUAGUUAUGCAGUUUAUCCUUUUCCAUGUGAAUCAAGCUUGGUAAUGUGGGAAAUAUUG